UUUAGUACUAAUACCAGUUAGCCCAACUGGUAAGUGGAGUAAAUUCUUUCUCCUACUGAAGAAACCUCUGAAUCUGAUGGAGUGAGGUCGGAGGGAACUGCAAGCUCAACUAUUUGGGCGUCGGAAAUUUGGAGAAGAUGGAAGCAGUAGCUGAAGGGCUGUGGGGAUUAGCGGAUCAGCACGAGAACCAGGGCGAAAUGGGCAAGGCCAUUAAGUGCUUGGAAGCCAUAUGUCAAAGUCAGGUCUCCUUUCUCCCCAUAGUCGAAGUGAAGACUCGCCUCCGCGUCGCCACUCUCCUUCUCAAGCAUUCCAACAACGUCAACCACGCCAAAGCCCAUCUCGAACGCGCUCAACUGCUUCUAAAGUCUAUCCCUUCAUGCUUUGAGCUCAAGUGUAGAGCCUUUAGCUUAUUGAGCCAGUGCUACCAUCUUGUAGGAGCCAUUCCUUCUCAAAAACAGAUAUUAAACAAGGGGUUAGAACUCACUGCAACAUCUGGAGAUGGGUUUACCGGAAGAUUAUGGUUCUGCAACUUUAAUUCUCAAAUAGCAAAUGCUUUAAUUAUUGAGGGAGACUACAAAGGUUCAAUUACUGCUUUGGAGCAUGGAUACAUCUGUGCAACCGAAAUGUGUUAUCAAGAGUUGCAGAUGUUUUUUGCUACAUCAAUCUUGCAUGUGCACCUUAUGCAAUGGAGUGAUGUAAGUUUGGUGGAGGGAGCUGUCAAGAGGUGCAAUAUGUUAUGGGAAUCUUUUUCACCUGAAAAAGGACAACAGUGCCUUGGUUUACUCUUUUAUAAUGAGAUGUUGCACAUAUUCUAUCUACUCCGAGUCUGUGACUACAAGAGUGCUGCUCAACAUGUGGACAGAGUGGAUGCUGCAAUGAAGUCUGACUUAGAGCGGACGCAACAUAUUCGGGAAAUAAAGAAAGAGAUUGAUUCAGUAAAUCUAAGUCUUUCUCGGCCUGACUUAGGGUACAGGGACAGAUCUGCACUUUCUGAGAAACUGAGACGCCUAGAAGAGCAGCUUAGUAGUUUUACUGGAGUGAGUUCAACUGGCAAAGAAUCUAUAGAACCGGCUUAUUUUGGAAAUGUUAAACGUGCAUUUGGGGAUAAACUUGAGUUGGCACCUCCUCCUAUUGAUGGGGAGUGGCUACCGAAGGGUGCUAUAUAUGCAUUAGUUGAUCUCAGUGUCGUUGUUUUCAGCCGUCCUAAAGGACUUUUUAGAGAGUGUGGAAAGAGGAUUCAGUCGGGAAUACAAACUAUUCAAGAGGAAUUAAAGAAACUGGGGAUAGAUGAUGUGGUGAAGGAAGUGGAUCUUCAACACUCUGCUAUUUGGAUGGCUGGCGUCUACUUGAUGCUUUUAAUGCAGUUCCUGGAAAAUAAAGUAGCAGUGGAUCUUACGCGGUCGGAAUUUGUGGAAGCACAAAUGGCAUUGGUAGAAAUGAGAAAUUGGUACCUUCGUUUUCCAACAAUUUUACAGGCUUGUCAGAGUAUUAUUGAGAUGCUUAGAGGACAGUACGCUCAUGCCAUGGGAUGCUAUAACGAAGCUGCCUUCCAUUUUGUCGAGGCUUCAAAAAUGACAGAGAGCAAAUCAAUGAAAGCAAUGUACCAAAUUUAUGCUGCAGUCGCUUAUAUUUGCAUAGAUGAUGCUGAAUCCUCUUCAAAUGCACUUGAUUUGAUUGGCCCAGUAUAUAGCAUAAUGGAUUCCUUUGUUGGAGUGCGGGAGAAAACUAGUGUCCUUUUUGCUUAUGGGCUUCUUUUGAUGAGGCAGGAUAAUCUACAAGAAGCGAGACUUCGGCUGGCAUCUGGCUUGCAGAUAACACACAAUUUUAUAGGAAGUCUGCAACUUGUCUCACAAUAUCUGACUGCCUUGGGAAACUUGGCUCUAGCUCUUCGUGAUGCUGGACAAGCUCGAGAGAUCUUGAGAUCCUCUCUCACACUGGCAAAGAAGCUCUAUGAUAUUCCAACUCAGAUCUGGGUACUAUCAAACUUAACAUCUUUAUACCAGCAGUUAGGAGAGGAAGGCAAUGAAAUGGAGAAUCAGGAGUAUCAGAAAAGGAAAGUAGAGGACUUGCAAAGAAGAAUUGGUGAAGCAUGCAUGUCUCCUCAUCAUUUUGAACUAAUUGACAAGGUAAAACUUGAAGCUCAUCAACUCAGCGAGCUUGACAUCAAGCGCGUCACUGCUGGCCGUUCAAUGACUGUUGAUCUUGACAUUCCAGAAUCAGUUGGCCUAUACACUCGAGCUCCGAUGCCUGCAUCCAAUAGGCUCAUGGAUCUGGACUUUGGGAGGCUUGGCAGGCAUAAAAAUUAGUUCCCCACGGUUGCGCUUGUAAAUUCGUUCUCUCGCUAUUUGCACAAAAAGAAGACAAUUGGAAACAUGAAAGAUUAGGAUGACACAGAAAGUUUAUGUCUAGGUUUUUCUGCGUCCUCCUACCCUCUGUAAUUAUGCAAGUAUUUUUGUGUGUCAUGAUAUUAGUUUUAGCUGUAAAGCUUUUCCGUC